CACCAUCGCCGCGGCAGUUGCACAAGGAACUCACGCGCUGACUCUCUCGAUCCUGCAUAGCGGCAGGUCCACCGCCUCGCCCCUCUCCAGCUUCUCCUUGAUCAGCCCGAUCUCCCACUCGCGACGCGCCUCGACCGCGCUGUAGCUGGGGAACAGCUCCGCGCCAUAGGCACUCAUCUCCGCAGGCGCCGGCCGGAACUGCAUCGACGUCCGUUUUGCGAUUCUUGCUCGACUCCGCUGCCCUUGUACACACCCAGCGUGCGCUCCCUAUUUCGGACUGUGCAUACAGCUCUAUCCCUGUGGAUGAUUGGCUGCGAACGGCUGCGUAUACUGUAAAGCAAGGGCGGGCUUCUGCAGAACGACAGAAUGACGGGCUUUGGGCGCUCCAACUCGCUGAGCAUCAAUACCAGCGGAGGCCUCUUCGGAAAUAAUACCAGCCAGGGCCAGCAGAGCGCAGGCCUCUUCGGCUCGUCGACCAAUGCAUCGCAGCCCCAGAGCACCGGCGCCCUCUUUGGGUCGACGUCACAGUCUCAGCCAGGAGGAUUGUUCGGCGCUACAUCACAGCCACCCCAGUCCGGGUCGCUCUUCGGGGGGCAAGCCACUACCUCGCAGCCGCAAUCAGCGGGUCUCUUUGGCAAUCUAAACAAGCCUGCAGCGAGCGGCGGCGCUGGCGGGGGGCUGUUCGGCUCGUCCACGGCACAGUCGCAGCCCCAGCAGAGUGGCGGACUGUUUGGGGGCGCUCUGGGAGGCAACGCGCAGACAGCGGCUUCCCAAUCGGGAGGACUAUUCGGCGGGCUUGGCCAGACACAGCAGAAGCCCUCGCUGUUCGGCUCGUCAACACAACAAACCACCACACCUUCUUUGUUUGGACACACGACCGCACAGCAGCCGACUCAGACACCCUCGCUCUUUGGCUCGAUCCAGCAGACGCAGCCCCAGCAGCAGAGCUCGCAAUUUGGCGGCAUGUCUACCCAAAACAGGCCCUUCACACUUGGCAGUCACACUGUGACAGGCCCCAAUCUGGGCGCCUCCCAGGCAGUCCAGAUGUCCGCGAUCGAAUCGAUAAAGGGCACCACCCGCUUUAGCGAUCUGCAUCCCGACAUCCAGAAUGAGAUCAUACAGCUCGACGAGGUGCUCCAAAAGAAGAUCGAUACCGCGAACAAGACGCGUGAAACACUACCAGGACAUAUGGAGAUGGUCGCUACAGUAACGCCCGACGUCACCUACAUUGAGAAUUUCCUUUCCACCAUCGAACUCAGCCUCGACAACGACUCCGCCAACAUCGCCUACCUGAAGGGCUUGGUCAAGAAGGACGCAGAAGACGCAUCGCUCAGCUUCCGUGCAAUCGAGAACCAGGGGCUUCCGCCGCAAUUCCGCUACGGCAACACUGCGAAUUUGAGCACUUCGACUUCGAAACCAGCACCGUCCACGUCCCUUGACGAGGACGAUCCCACCAAGCCAGUGGACCUCCUUGGCUACUUCAACAGGCGCGCGGAUGACCUUGGUCGCACCCUUGACCUAUAUCAACGGCAGAUCCGUGAGAUCGAAGCACAUCUGCGGACCAUGGAGGCUGGCACCGUGGAGAAGGCGCAGCAGUUGACAGGCAGCAGGAGCAGGCCCCAGGAUCAGAGACGCGAGCUGGUCGAGGCGCUCAAGGCGAUUGAGAUGGCUAUCUUGGACUCAGCCAAGCGGGUAGGCAAGGUGCGGGACGAGGUUACGAAACAGACGUUGGGGGAUGUUGGGGGUGCUUUGCUGUGAGUGGGUGGGGUGGCAUAUGGGGGAGCUGUGGCGGUGUACGAGUGCGAGGAUUUCGCCCCACACGAGUACGGAUGAAGCAUGCAUUGGCGCAGCGAUGUCUAUGGUAUAGUUUGGAAGUAAAAGC